AUGUAUACAAAAUUUGUGUGUGAAGUGAUAGCUAUUAUUUUUCUACACGGGGUAUUUUAUAAGGUAUCAGCGCACUACUUAUUAAGGCAUUUGGACAUAUUGAAUUAUUCAAACCAGUUUAAUAAGAACAUAUUUUUCAUAACCUUUUUAGUAUGUAUGUCUAUAUUUUCUCUUUUUAUAUUGGAAUUGUCUAAUUUGAUAUCAAAUGUUAUGAUAACAUAUAUUUGGCAUAUAAAUAUAUGUAUAUUAAUGUGCUUAUUAUAUAUAGUUAUACCAAUAGAAUUUAUUAAUACAAUAUUUGAUUCAAGAAAUUAUAAAGAAAUAUUAUCGCCUGGAUUUUAUUCACACUCGCAUAUAAAAUUAAUAAAAAAAUAUUAUAUUAAGAUUAGUAAAAUAUAUAAAGAAAAAAAUGGAGGGAGUAAGAAGAUUAAAAAAUACUUCUUCAUAUUUAGAAGUAUCAUAUUUUUAUCCUUUUUAUGGCUAGGCUUAGUAGAAUUGAAAAAGAUGAUUUAUAAAAAAAAUUACAAUUAUGUUAUUGCAGAUGACAAUACAUUAAUUUUUAGAGAAUAUAUAUUAUAUACCAAGAUUCAUCAAAAUCAAAAUCGAAUUAAAGAAUUUAAUAAAACAAUGUUUUAUUUUUAUAUCGAAAAUAAAAAUAAGUGCAUCGAUUAUGAUAAUAUAAAUCAAGAAUAUGAAUACAAAAAAAAUAAAAAAACAAAAAUUCAAAAUAUUUUUUAUCAACUUUAUAAUUUUAUUAAUAUAUUAAUUUUUAUUAUAUUAAAUCAUUUUAUGUAUUUCUAUCAAUUUAUAAUUAGAGAAUUGUUAAUAAACUUAUGUGCAUUGGGUGUGACAACGAAUUCUAUUGUUGCUGGAAUAUCGUCUAUGUAUUUUAUUUAUGAUUAUAUUAUAACAUUUAUUUAUUAUUUAAAUUUACCUAAAAUCCAAAUUCAAAUUUAUAAUAUAGAAGAGAGGAUUCUCAUCAAUUUUACUAAGUAUAUUUUUAAAAAGGAGCAAUUACAAAAAAUUGAGAGUAAAUUUAAUAUAAAAAAUAGCAUUAAUAAUAAUAAUUCUAGCGAUUUUCAUGUUGAUCCAAAAAAUGACUUAAAACUUUUAAAAUCAAAAACAAAUAUCUUUCCUCUAGGAAUUUUGAAUAAAAACAAAAAAUCAUUAAAUUCAGAUAUAGAACAAAAUAAAAUUGAAAGACAUAGAAAAACAAUAAAAAUCUCAAAUUUUCUAAAUAAUGCAUCUACGAUUGAAAAAUCGAAUAUAAAUAUGACUACAUUUAAUCCCAGAAUGAGAAGUAACAAAAAUAGUACCACCAUAUUUAAGAAUAUCAAUGCUAUUACUUAUCGAAAAAAUAAUAAUGAUAUACUUCAUAGUAAAACUAACUUUACUAUCAAUGAGCCGAAUGAAUAUUGUAAUAAUAGUCAGGAAAGUAAUACUAAAAGAUUUUCUUCUUUUAUUGGUUUCAAAAACAAAUUGAAAUCUAUGUGCACAUUUAAAAGUAAAAGUGUGUUUAAUUCUGAAAAAGAUAUACAAUAUAAUUAUUGUGAUUUAAAUAUGGAUUUAGUAAGUAAUAAUUAUGAUAACAUUAACGCAAAUGAAUAUGAUGAGUUAAAUUUACAUUCUCUAAAAAAAUCCAAAUUGCGAAAAACAAAUGGUAAUUUAAGUGAUCAUGAGGCAACAGCAAUUAAUUAUUUUUAUAAAAAUAUAAAUGAAAAUAACGAUUGUGUAUUAAAAAGAUCAAAUAGUUCUCCUUAUUUUUUAAUGAAAAAUAAUUCAAAUAUUAGUUCUGAUCGAGAACAAAAUGAUAACUCAGAUGACGAGCAAAUUUUAAUCACCUGUAAAUCACUUACUACUCCUAGGAGGGAUGUGAAUGACUUUGAAUAUAAAAAAAUCAAUAAAAAGUUUGUCAUGACCGACAUUAAAACUGAUAAUAAUAAUGUUAGUGAUAUAAAUAGUAAAGUCGAUGCAAAUUGGGGUGAUGAAAAAACAAAAAAAGAAAUUUCAGCUUCAAAUCAAAUUUUUAAAAGUGUGUCGUUUCCUGAAAACCAAUACAUGAAUACAUUUUAUAGUAAAACCAAUAGGGAACAAAUAGAGGGUUUAAAACAUUUAUAUAAAUUAAGAAAACAUAAAGUGGAUAUAUAUAGUGAAAAUAAAGCGCAGUCUUAUAAAACAAAUAACAUACAUCAUGCUUAUCAUGAUAUGGACGAUUAUAAUAACAUAAAUGCUGAUAAAGAUUUUUCUUAUAAUAAUAUAAAAAAUGCAAAAAAUGUGGACAAUAAUAUAGAAAGCUAUAAUAAACUUAAAAAGGAAAUUGAAAAUAUUGUUUAUACAAAUACAAGUAUGUAUUAUUCUUUAAAUGAUAUAUUAAGUCGGAAAAUUGAAAUACAAAAGAAUACAAAUAGUUUAUUUGGCAAAAUAAAUGUGUUUUUAAAUUCAAUUAUGUUUUUAACUGUUAUUUAUAAAAUUAUUGCUUCGACAUUAAAUAUUAUAUUUAUAAGAAUAUAUAUAAGAGAUCCAUUUUCAAAAUUAAUUGAAAAAACCUGCUUAUUUUUUAAUAUUAAAUAUAAUAUAGCUAUUAUAUAUGCACCAUAUAUAUCAUUAAUAUAUAUUUCAUAUAUCGUUGCAAUUAAUAUGAAGAAAUUUCUACAGCAAGUUAUACAAAUAUCAACAAAUUUUUCUUUUUAUUUUAAAUUGUUCUCCAAUAUGUGGAUACUUUUAAUUUCAGAAUUAAUGGGUCUUUAUUUUGUAACAAAUUCUUUAAUUUUAGCUUCAUAUUUACCAGUAAAUUAUGAGCAUAUAAUGAAUUUCGCCACAGGAGAUAAUUAUGACUAUAACGUUUUUCACAUACACUCAGAUCAUGUUUUUAUAUCUUCGUUUGCUACUACUUUUUCUUUUUUUGUUUUACACAUGUUAUAUUUUUAUUUCUUUUAA